AAUCCAUCGCUGAUGUGCGGUCCAGUCUCGAGGUGUCCAUCCUUCUUCCUCCCCUUGAGUUUUCUUCGAAUAUGAUACCAAAGUGAGUUGUAGACACGAUAUUCUUUGCUACAACCAUCGAUUCCACAAACGACACGGAAAUCUGGACUACGACUAUGAGCCGAAUUGAUAUGACUCAAUAAAGAUUUGAGGGUUAGACCCACAAAAACAAAGCAGAUAACGCAACGCCAAAUCAUGAUUUUCUAGUUUAGCUAGCUAAGCUAGCUGGCUUGUUGACGCAGAUAAACAACCCUGUUCCCACUUCCCAAACACGCACAGGUCUGGGUAACGCCAAAGCGUAGCGUCCCCUUGGGGCGACCUGUUUGAUUUAUCACAUAUACUCAUCAAGGGAAAGUGUCUAUAAAUAUGUGUCUCAUAAGAGCAGCAACCAGUCAUUAAUCAAUGAUCUCAUACAUUGGGCUUAAUAUUGAUUAUAUUUUAGUAAAAAUAAUUUUUAUUAGGAAAACGGGGCAAACUUAAGCUGUUUCGGCCGACCGCACCCCUGGCCCUACCCUGAAAAUGGUAUAUUCCAAAUGUGGUCGCGCCAUUGUGUAGAGAAUUGGGCGCGCAGCGUUUAACGGCAGUCUUUGGAUUUCCAAUGCAGCUACAUUUUGUUUGCUGCAGGAGUUUUAGGAAUUGCGGUUGAGCUAAUGGAUCAACUGGACGAGGUUGCACUUGCUACACUAAGAGGUAAGAUAUAUUAAAUCAUCUUUUCCUAAAACUCGUUUUUAUUUUUGAACCUACCUUGCUAUGUUGGCCUGUGUGCUAAAACCCAUGUUAGCUAGCUAGCAUGGCUGAAGAUAUUCUUAUUAGGGAUGGCCCGAUACCAUUUUUUUUCCAAACCGAUACGAGUAUGUGUAUUUACAUUUGUGUACUUGCCGGUACCGAUACUUUCGGUAACAUAGUGCGCGCUGGCUGUCACCCGGCGGGCCGCGAGUUUCACGUAUGUGAAAAGCACUUGCGGGCCACAUAAAAUGACUUGGCGGGCCGGAUUUGGCUGUGAGUUUGACACAUGUGUUUUAAACUAUCAAUCUGAUUAAUUUCGAGAUGCAUUUUUUUACAAUAAGAUGCGUUAUCUGGAGCGAGGGGCGCCCGCUCAUUUAAAUCCGCUCGAACCAACUUUCGGUGGAGCGACGCGGUGCACCGGCGAGGGGGAAGAGCCACCUGGGACACGGCAGGAAACGGCUGCACCCGGCGUGCGGAGGGUCCGGGCCGGCCUGAUUAUUUAAAAUCUUUCACAUCGUCCGGCGCUCGUCCAGGAUGCGCUUAAGCACCUGUUCACACGUAACCCCCCCCCCUAAAAACAUUUUCUCAUCGAAUCUACACGAUUCAUGUAGGUCACCUAUUUUGUUUUCAAAACGGCGAUUGAGCCCAAACCGCCGCAUUUCAACUCAAAAUAGGUAAUGUACGUGAAUCGUGUAGAUACGGUACAGGUGUCUUAACGGUCGUUAUCUACCGGACCGAAUAGCAACUCUGAUAUUAAUAUAGCUUUAAUAAAUAUACCAUAUAUAAAAACAUUUUUGUGUUAGCACUGGGAAAAUGUUGACUGGAGCAAAAUCAAAUCAAAUUUGCCCAUAAUUGAAAAGCUCAGUAUUCAGUAUCUUGGCACUAACUGUAUAUUUUUCUAUAGCUGCCAGGAUUGGUGAAGACUUACUGCCUUCCCUCUCUCGAGAUGAAAUCAACGAUCUGUUUCCUGGUCCUGAAAACUUUCACAGGCGGCGGGCAAUAUGGCUUGCUGUAAAUAAAGAUAAAAAGGUCAGUUCUAUGUUAUGCACAUUAAUUUAAGCUAUGAUCAAAUGUAGUAUGGCCUACAGUGCAUCCAAGUGCGUCCAUACAUCUAUGUGACACCAUCAAUUUAUGAAUCUUUUCAUUUUAAAAUGUAUUAGCCAAAACGUUUAGUCAGUUUAACAAUAGUGUAAGUCCUUCAGCUUGAUCUUUGUUUUUUCAGGGCUUUUGCAGAAAUAAGUACAUAGAUUUGCUGUUAUAUAACAGUUUAGUGCUAUUGCACAAGGGUGUCGUUGGGCUUUACAUUUUGGAUGGGCCAAAGAGCAAAACUAAUUGUGUGGUAAUAUAUUAUGACAGAAAGUUAUCCUAUGAAAUAUCUAAAUGUAAAUGUAUUUUAGGUGGAGACUGCUGCGGAACUACCACUGCCAUCAGUGACUGGAGGCAGUAGUCUUUCACAAGAAGAGCCCAAAAUUUCUAAGUUUGUGGUUAUGUCCAGCCCGGAAUUCAUAGUUUACACAGACAGUGAACUUGAACAGGUGCGACGUGCCUACUUUGAGCAGAAACGGAUGGGGACUGAGAACAUUGUGGAGUUAUCUAAGGAGCUCUUCUGCCGGCUCAUAAGAAACACCAUGUGUAAUAUGAUCGCAAUUGCAAGAGCUACAGAAGAUGCCAGAUAUCCCACCAAACCAGAGGUCAAUGCCAUGGCAAAGCGGUUGGUGGAGUAUUAUCCGAUGGUACAACACUGGGAGUAUGUUGCCAAAAAGCUCAUGAAGAGGCUUUCAAAUGUAAAAAGCCCAAAGAAGGCUGUUCCUCCUGCAAAGAAACAACGGCAGGAAAUCGAGGAAAUGACAACGAGUGACUACGACGGGGAUUCGAGUGCUUCUACGGUCAUUCUUCAGCAGUCCCCAGUCAGAGCCAGCACCCCAGUUCAACACCUGAAUAACAGUGGUUCGGGCGACGUCCUAGACAGCCAGAAAACCCAGGCAAGGCACUACACGACACUGCAACAGAUGUGCCGGUCCAACAAGCCAAACAAAGCUUCAGUAACCCAUUUGCUGAACUUGGAGUUUGAGUCAAGAAGACUCUUCAUAACCUCUGACACUCUAAAGGAGCAAGACCGACCCAGCAAGAUUCUGGAGGCCUAUUCUUGUUUCAAAGACUUGGAUCAUGUCUUAGAUGAGUUGCAAAGGAUAAUACAGCCAAACAAUGCCCACUACGUCUCAGAAAUGAGGAAUAGAUGGAACGACUUUUUUUCAAAGGUCCAAUUUUAUGGGGUGAUGAAAAAAGUGAUGAAGCCCCCUAAAACAUUGGAUGGAGUGGAACAUGCCACUGCUGUUUUCAGAGCCCUGCCACUGCUCUUUCCAUCCAGCACUUUGCCACCGAAGAAGCUAGGCGCAUGCAGCGACGCGGUUUUCCAUGUCCUUACGGCUUCAGAGAACCCAGACACGUACUUGAGCAAGCGGCCCGUGGCUUGUCCAGUUAUGCUCGUCUGUGGGGAUAACUGCAUGAUUGCAAUUGGAAACACACCAGUGACCACCUUUGACAGGAAGAAGUUUGAUGAAGGCCUCCUUUACCUUUUGGGGUAUUAUUAUUGUCUGCACCUCACUUAUCCAAAGUUCAUUUCCACCAUGCUCUCAGUAUUGCAAACUGAGGUUCUCCAGGACUCCCUGCAUGACCAAGAUUCAACUGCUUCCUACAAAAAAGCCAUUGCCGAGUGGAGGGCCUUCAUUGAGUGAUUGACUAUCUCCAACAUUUCUUUUCAGUUUGAGAGUCAGACUCGUUAGCCGCGUUUGUUGAUGUCAUUGGACGUCCUUUAAUGAGUAAGUGCAUUACUCUGAGAAAAUUGUUUCUGUUCGAGGAAAAAUAUGUUGCUGUCAGUAUUCCAGCUGAAACGUUUUAUUUUUAUUCUAACUGAAAAUAUGCAGGUAUUCCAGCCUCAGAACAAAGUACUUGGUAUUGGUGUGAUGGUCCUGGACUCAGUGAGGGGAUUGAUGGAUGCAACACAUGUUGUUGAGUGAGAAAGAACUGCAUUAAAGAAGUAAAUGCUAAAACAAGAUGCUUCUGUUGACUUAAUUUGAGACUAUCGAACUUGGUUUCAUUGUGCUGUUUUAAUAUAUUGUCAUAAACUUUUUUUUGGCAAGUUAUUAACCUUACUUCAAGGUAUUAUUUCUUAAAGUCAGCUAAA